AUUUCCGCCGGGGUAGCGGCCAGCGGCGGCCGCCGGCGGUAAAGGUUCAGGUGGGCUCCUGAGCUGGAGCAGCGGCCAUCGGGGCGGCAGGCUGCCCGGGCACUUCCCCGGCGAGCGGCGCGAACUCUCCGUUCGUGCCCCGGCCUGCCCUGUGCGGGCGGCGGGAGCCAUGCCCGGCGUGCUGCCCCGCACGCUGCCCGCCGCCCUCGGGCGGGGCUGCCUGGGCCGCUGGCUGCUCGCCACUCGCGGCUGGGCGCUCCUGGGGGCCCGCACCCCGUCCUGCUCCUGCUCCUGCCCGGACUGGCGGCACCAGCCCCCGCUGCUGCUCGGCGCCGCCCGGCAGAGCUUCGGGACGCGGGCGGGAGGGCUGAAAGCUGCAAAACAGGGAGGUAAUAGCAAGGAUGUGUCCGUGCAAAGGGCGCUGAACGAGGAAACGCUGGUGUCGGCGGCUCAGAAAGUGAAAGAAGCUGGAAGAGACUUUACCUAUUUUAUUGUGGUGCUUGUUGGAAUUGGUGUUACAGGUGGUUUGUUCUAUGUGAUUUUUAAAGAGCUGUUCUCUUCUUCUAGUCCAAAUAAGAUCUAUGGAGAUGCCUUGGAGAAAUGCAGAUCUCACCCUGAGAUAAUUGCUGUUUUUGGUGACUCUAUCAAAGGUUAUGGAGAGGCAACAAGAAGAGGAAGACGACAGCAUGUCAGUCACAUUGAAUACGUAAAGGAUGGACUGAAACACAUGCGUUUGAAGUUCUAUAUUGAGGGCACUGAAUCAGGGAAACAGGGAACAGUCCAUGUGGAAGUCAAAGAGAAUCUUGAAACAGGAAGAUUUGAGGUUCGCUACAUAUUUGUGGAUGUUGAGACGUAUCCAAGAAGAACCAUUGUCAUAGAGGACAACAGAUAGCCAACGAUCAAAGCUGCUGCCUUACCUCACAUUGGAAAAUGGGGUUGUAGCCAGCCUACAUAUGGAUUGUGUGGUGUUGCCAAUUGUGUCUCGCAGCUUCAGGGCUGUGUCAAGGGAAGUAGCCUCUCAGGGCCUCCACUAAGGACUUUUGAUAAUAACAGAUAUGAGAUUUAAAGUGAAACCAAUGAAAUAUAGCCAAAGAAUCAUGGUAGAUAUUCUUUACAUAGGAAAAUAAUGUCUCCUAAUAAAGUUUAUGCUGGGUAAUACCCCUGCACACCCAAAACCUGAGUUUUCCAAGGUUUUUUCUCUUCCUUGGCUUGGAUUUCUCACUACCAUUGCAAUAAAGAAAGGGUUAGUUUAACUGUAGACAGAACUCUACUGUUUUCAUUUUGGAUACCUUUGUAGGUAAGAAGGUAAAAUGGUAGUGAUGCAAAAGAGAUCUGGGCAUGUAAGGGUAGGAAUGGUGGAGGCACACACCCAUAAAAGCAACUGAAGAUAAAGACUUCAAUAUUGGUGUCUUCUAAAUAAGUUACCAGCAAGCAAAACAUCACUACCAUCUGCUCUUUCCAGUGUUUGCCAUUCUGCUCCACAUGGUUGUAACAAGAUGGGGGUUGGCCAUUUCUCCCAGGCAGCUAGUGACAGGACAAGAGGACAUGGCCUCAAGCUGUGUCAGGAGGGAUUUGGAUUGGACAUUACCUUCAAAAUAUUUUGAAAACCACAAUAUUCCAUUUAAAUUUCUGUCUUUCCCACCUUGCCUGCGUCUACAUGUGAUAAACACACAUGUGGUGUUUAUCAGGGCAUGUCUUUCAUCCAUAAAGUGUUCCACAUUAUUUUCUUUUACUGCCUGCAUCACCUUUCUAGCUAAGAUUUACCAGGAUGCUUGUGUAUAUUUCAUGAAAGGGGGACAUAGCUGCAAAGGACAUCACUUCUGUGUUGUGAAAAAGCUGAGAAUAUGCUUGAUAAAAUGAAGACAAAAGGUAGCAGAGGAAAUCCACCUUUACCUGACCUGAGAUGUGUUAGUGUUCUUAAUUUGAACAAAUGAUAAAUACAAGGCUCAAAUGCUUUCCAAUGCCAGUGGGAGAAAGCUUUUUGGAAUUCUUUUUCUAGAACAUCUCAUCAGUGAAGAAAAAAAAAAAACUUCAUAGCUUGAUUUAUCAACUUUGUACUGGCUAGACACCUAUCACCAGCAAGAUUAUUUAAGCCCCUCAAAACUUCAGGAGUAUUCAGGCUUUGGGAACUCAUAACUUCUUUCCAUUGUCCUCAUGAGGCUGAAGUUCUCCUGGUCUUCAAUGGAGUGGGGUGGCACCCAUGCUUACAAAAUUUUCUUAAAUUCUGUUAUAUACAAACAUAUAUGGAGGUACCUUAAUCAAAAUUAGAUGAAGAGUAGUUGAACAAGACAUCUGGAAUAGAGAACAUUGAUCUCUUGUGCAGUAUCAUCUUUCCUGGUGGUAGUUUGCACUGGAGGGGAACAGCUGCAUUCACUGAGUUUAAACAUGUUUUGUAAUUUUACUUUUUGUAAUUCUGAUGUGUGUUAGCCUCAGUUUUCCUUAUGAAGCUGCCCCUGUUUCACUCAGUCAGUGCACUACCAGCAAGUCGUGCAGAGGUCCUUUUCCAUGGCAGGGAGCUCAGUGUUCCAUCCUCUCACUGGAGGAUAUGAGGCUGGGGGACAGCAAAAUAACUGAAGGGUUCACCUUCAGUUGUCAGUAAACACGAGCAGUAACCAUUUCACUGUUUCCUUUUUAAAGCUCUUGCUUCAUUUUCUCCUGGGAGAGCACAAAAUUUACAGCACGUGCCAGCUACUUUCUCAAGUAAAAAUGUCAUGUUAAUAAAAUGUUGGGAAAAAAAUCACUGCUAGCAAGUCAGAGCCAGAGGAAUUACAUUUUCAUAGAAAUUAAACACAUUUUCCAGAGUUCAGUUUUGAUUGUUGCAGAAUUAGUAAAAAUAUAUGUUCUCAAAACCCCUUUCUCCUUUAGGGAAUUGAAAUAUGUCACUCACCAGUGAAAGGUUGUUUUUCCAGAAACACUGUGUGGCAGACUAUUCAAAACAUGUUUUGGGUAGGUGUACAACUUGGUCUUAACUUUCCCAUCUCUACAUUAAUUUUUGUGGAUAGCAAAACCUGUGUAUGCAGCCAAUGUCCUUAGAGGUGUUUUGUGGGAAUAAUAUUACUCUGUCAUCUGUGUUUUAUUCUAGGUCCUGUGUAUAGUUGCUGUACAGUGACAAAAAGAAAUAUCCCUCCAGGAAAUGAACUCAGUGGAAGCUUAAAAAUAUUAAAAAAAAAGAAAUCAUUACUCUUUCUGUAAGCUUCAAUAAACAGAAUCUCUUGAAAAGAAAAAGUAGUUGUAGACAAGGAAGCAAAGGUGUUGUGCAUGACUGAGUUUAAAAAUAACCUUGAUACCUAAAUAUUUUCUGCACAGAAUUCAAGUUUCAACAACUGAUUUAGGCAGUAGAGUCAUGAUCUUAGAAAUGGUUGCAAACAAAUGCAUGUCUGGUACAAGAAACUUCAACAAACUCAUUUAACAAGCAGAGAAGACUGGAAUGUGAGUAAGACAAUUACUGUAUCACAUGCCACCUGCAGGGAUAAAAAGCCAAAGAAACCGUGCUGGGAGUUUCCACAAUUGCAAUUCACUUUGCUCUCAGUCUCAUUCACACAAUGGAUACUAUCCCCCCUACUACUUGUGGGAUUAUUCCAAUAUGUAUAUUGUCAGCAACCUAGAAUGUUGCAGAUUGUGCCCAAAAAACAUUGAGGACACAUUUUGAGUCCAAGCCUGCUUUUAGGAUUCACUGCAGCUUGUAAACUGACAGAAGUAGGACAGGUAAGCACAGAGACUGGGGAGAAAAUUUCAGGGGAAAAAAGUUUGAAAGAGGAAGCUUAAAGGUGACAGUAAGGGCUGAUAACUGCUCUCUGUAUAUGGGGUUGUGAAGUCUACUUGAAGAUCUGGAAGUUGGCACUGGAAAAACAAAAACUUGAAAGCAAAAAGAUCUUUCCCCCCCUUUUUUGAGAGGGGAAAUUUGCUUAGUCCCUAGAGAGAUGUUCACUUGCUCUGAAUAGGGAAUAAUAGAACUCCAGUAGAAAUUUUCCUUGGGCAUCUGGGAAUGUAUAUUGUUAUUAUAUACAGCGAUUCCAAACAGUGCUAUAAAUAAUUGAGCAGCAGAACUAUUUGAUAGUUUUUCUUAGUAAAUUCUCAGGGGUUUUUAUUCUGUAUGUGUUAUGUAAAAUAAUCUAUAAGUAGGAAUUAUAGAAAAAUGUGAAUUAAUACCAUCCUGUAUUCAAAUUAAGUAUAUUUAUAUUUUAAUGAUAUAUCAUUAAAAGUUGAAAGUAUAGCAAAAAUGUUUCUCAAUUUAAAGGAAACAUAAACAAAAUAGCUUUUUGGACUUCUUCUGGUUGUCCUGGGAGAAAUAUGCUGUAUUUGAUUCCCUUCAUCUCAUAUAGGUUAUUGUGGAACAUUGGUAACUCAACAAAUAAAAAUGUUAAGCACA